AUGGCCACGACAUCUCAACCCCCCUUGCGGUUCACCACGCAUCACAAUCUGGUCUACCGGCUGGUCCUCUCAACCUUGACCGGUCGCACAGUACACAUCUCACAAAUCCGCUCAUCGUCGCCUACAAACCCUGGCUUGGCACCGCAUGAGAUUUCUUUCCUCCGAUUGCUCGAAGCUGUCACCAAUGGCUCUGAGAUGGAAAUUUCGUACACCGGUACGAUCCUGGUCUAUAAGCCUGGUUUGAUCACGGGCAGUGCUACUGGUGUCGGCGCCAGUGGCGGUGUUAUUCAUCACGAACUUCCCUCAAACUGCAGUCGCGGGUUGAGUUACUUUUUGAUUCCGCUGUGCCUGCUCGCGCCGUUCUCCAAAUCGCCGCUCAAGGUUCUUUUCACCGGGCCUGGUGUAAUCACUUCUGCUACACCCACGGGAGACAUGUCCGUCGAUAGCGUCCGCACCGCGAUUCUUCCUCUCUACAAUCAAUUCGGCAUGUUCAACAACGUCGAGCUACGCAUUCUGAAGAGGUCAAACCCUGGACCCAAUGGUCGCGGGGGUGGUGGUGAAGUGCAAUUCACGUUUGGUCACCAGAUUCGUCUUCCCAAGACCCUGCACCUUAUGAAUGCAGGACGCAUUAAGCGCGUGCGUGGUGUUGCGUACUCGGUCGGUGUAUCCGGCUCCAACAACGCCCGUAUGAUCGAGUCUGCUCGUGGAAUUCUCAACCCACUCAGUCCCGAUACGUAUAUCUUCUCUGAUGUCGCUUCGGCCCCUCUCGUUCCUGCGCCAGACAAGAGCAACCCCAAUGCGAAGAAGAAGAUUGGACUCGGCUUUGGUCUGUCUCUUGUCGCUGAGUCUUCCACCGGCUGUCUUUACUCGGCCGAUGUGGCUUCUCCGCCCUCUGGUGGUGAGGCUCCCGAGGAUAUUGGUAGGAAGUGUGCGUUCCAGUUGUUGGAGACCAUUUCCAAGGGUGGCUGUGUGCCCCCGGCGGCAGUCACUACCAUGUUGACUCUGAUGACGAUGGGGUCUGAAGAUGUGGGUCGCUUGCAAGUAGGACGCGAGGUUAUCGCUGAUCCUAACACUAUCCAACUGGCUCGUGAUUUGGCCAAAUUUGGCGCUCCAGGCUGGGGUAUCCGUGACGCAACUGGAGAGAAUGAGAAUGGUGAUGUGAUCGUGAGUGUUGUGGGCCGUGGAAUCGGCAACAUCGGCCGGAAAGUCGCUUAA